CGGAAAAUAGAGCGGCGACGGCCCCGACGGGGCCGCAAAGUGCUAUGCGUACAAAUACAGAAGGCAACUUUCGCUUCGCCCUCCGCAGUCUGAUCUCGUCCCAUGUAACCCAGGCGAGAAGGCGGAGAGGGCUCCGAUGGAGGACGACAGGUGAUUCUUCGUCCCCGGAUCAUUCCAAUGUAAAAUUUAUGGAUUGCAUCCAUUCCAUCCGUCCGAGCUUUGGCGGAUGUUGGUUGAAUUCGCCAAGCACAUCAGUUGUCACACUUGAAGUUCUAGGGCAUCACCUGCGUUUAUCUCAGGAUCCCAACUCCAGGCAUCUAGGUACUACAGUUUGGGAUGCAUCAAUGGUAUUCGUCAAAUUUCUGGAAAAAAACUGCAGAAAAGGAAGGUUUAGCCUAACCAAGUUGAAAGGAAAACGUGUGCUUGAACUAGGAGCUGGUUGUGGCCUAGCUGGACUGGGAAUGGCACUCCUUGGAUGUGAUGUAAUUUCAACAGAUCAAGCUGAGGUGUUACCACUGCUCAUGAGAAAUGUUGAGCGCAAUACUUCUUGGAUCAUGCAGACAAAUCCUGAUUCAGCAUCAUUUGGUUCCAUUAAGGUUGCAGACUUGGAUUGGGGAAAUAAAGAACACAUUAAAGCUGUUAAUCCUCCAUUUGAUUACAUUAUUGGCACUGACAUUGUUUACUCAGAGCAUCUAUUGGAGCCACUACUGCAGACAAUUUUGGCCCUAUCAGGACCUAAAACGACCAUAUUGAUAGGCUAUGAGAUCCGCUCAAUCACAAUCCAUGAAGAGAUGAUUCGCAUGUGGAAGGACAAUUUUCUAGUAAAAACCAUCCCAAAAGCAAAGAUGGAUAACAAGUUUCAACACCCCAGUAUACAACUUUUCAUGAUGGAGUUAAAACCUCAAUCUAGAUGCGGGGAUGACCUCUCCGUUGAAGCACAAAUUUCUGAGUCUAGUCGAAGUGAUGACGACAACGAGUCCUGUACAGUAGAAGAAAGUGAAGAUACUGGGGAGAAGACUGGAGACAGUAUUAAUGCCGUGGAAGUGGAAAAGGGGAAAGUUGAUGACUGGGAAAUUAGAAGAUAUGGAUCUAUGGCUGCACGGCUUUUAAGAGAUGUCAAAAUAACUUGAAGUUGUAGGAUUUCUUCGUGGUUCCUUAUGGUAAUGGUAAUUAUAUGGAGCUAGUAAUGCUGAUCGGAGUUUAGGUAAAUUCUUGCUAUGAAAUUAAUUUAUUGUUAUGAAUAGAAUUUUUUUUUUUUUUCCAUUUUGCAUAGAGUGAACGGGUCAUGCUGAACCUUUGAGUUCGACCACUCUCUCUGUGCUCUGCACCAAAAUCAUGAUUGUGAACUCAGGUUUCAUGAUUACCUUUGGGUCUUGCGAUCUUUCCAUGUCUUGAAUUGAAGCCAAAUAGUGAGAUGAACACUGAAGAGUUGAUGCAUGCUGCAGUGAGAAUUUGUAAGACGAGUGGCACUCCUGUCAAACGAAAGAGAGUAAUGCAUAGCAAAUUGAGGAAAGGGAAA